CACGCAAGUAACCAACCAAGCAACCAAGCAAACGACCAUCCAAGCAAGCAGAAAAUUGAGCAAGUAAAAAAACAAACCAAGCAACUUACAAAUAAAGCAAGCAAACAACCGACAAACCAACCAAGCUAACAUUUAGCUGCUUCGUAAGAAAAUUUGGCACCUGGAAAAUGAUCAGUGACCAUCCUAAGUAAGACAUCAUGGAUAGCUACACAUAAGCCCUGGAGCAUUGCUUGAGUGAGAUCAUCUGUGACCUCACAUGGCUUGAAAAGCUCAUGUGUUACAUCAUCUUUCUUCAUAUCAUUUGGGAAAGGCAGAUUUUCACCACUUAGGAGUCCUGAAGCAUCCUCUUUAUUUGUGUUUUUUAAAUUUUUUCUCAGUGGCGGCUCAGCCAUUGUAUUUUUGAUAUUCCGAAGUAUCUGAAAGCCAACAUCAUAGUCUUUACCAGAGUUAGAUCCACAUAUUGUUAAUGUCUUCUAUUAUUUCUUUAGAUGUUUCUUUAACUGUUAAGGCAGACUUGUCUCCCUUUUCCCUCAACCCAAGAACAUAUGGGUGUUGGUCAUCAUCAGUCAGUGAGAAUACUUCAAAGCAGCGACCAUGUUUCGGAGUUACGUCAGAAUACAGAGUAGUGUUCUUUGACUUAAUAGUUUCAAGUUGCUGCUGGCAUAUUGCAAGUGUGCUGUCUGCAAUUACUCAGAUGCGAGUAGGUAGUUACCAGUUCCGCCACCAGCUGGCUGAUUCGGGGGAAAUUACAUGGCAGGGUAUUACAAAAUUCCCUUAAACUUGAAUAUUCAUCAGUUUUAGUGGUUCACUUUUCAUAUUACCCUUAUGUAUGUGAUAGUUAUACAAAUUAAAAUAUGUCCAGUAAAAGAAAAUAUUAUCUGCCCAACACAAGAAAAGUUAUUUGACUUUUUGUGGUUUUACAACAUGGGGUCUAUAGGGAAUCUCCCCG